UUUUGUAAUCACAACAUGAUCUCUUGUGCUGAGCAGAGAAGCCCAAGCCGGCAGGGAGAGGCGACAGGCCCGGCUCUGGUGGCUCCAGCUUCCCUACAGCUCUGGCUCGGGGGCUGCUUUGGAAUUCUCUCGGUGCCUGCUAUUUCCAUGCAUUUGGCUGGGCCUCACAGAGCCGAGUCCACAAUGCGCAGGCAUGAGGAAAAAGAUGCCGAGUUGGACCGUAGGAUAGUUGCCCUGCGCAAGAAGAACCAGGCCUUACUGCGCAGGUACCAGGAGAUCGAGGAAGAUCGUCGCCAGGCAGAGCAGGGGGGCAUGGCUGUGACCACACCGGGGCUCUUCCAACCCGACUGUCUCACAGUCACCAUCAGCCAGGUUCCUGGUGAGAAGAGGGUGGUCAGCAGACACUGGGCCAGGGUGCCCUCUUCACCUGGAAUGACUGAAGCACUGACAGAUGAUGAUGCUGCAGACUCGCCGGGCACUUUCUGUAUGGAGGACCGGGUGGAACUAGCUGUGACCAUGGAAAACAAAGCCAGGGCCAAACGGAUCGUAAGCGAAAAACCCACCACCCAAGCAAGGACCCCAAGGGCAAAGGGGACAUCUGGAGGAGGCCGGGGCCAGAGUUUGCCCCUGCAGAUGACUUCCAGCACAGAUUCAUCAGGGAAGGGUGUUCUGGACCCCCGGAGUCCAGGAACAGUCCCAGGCCCACCUCCCCAACAGCCCCUGGGACUGCCCCCAGAGGCCAGCUGGGACUACAUGCAGUGGAAACAGGAGAGAGAGCAGAUUGACUUGGCCCGCCUUGCCCGGCACAGAAAUGCACAGGGUGACUGGAGCCGCCCGUGGGACCUGGACAAAGCCAAGCCCAUGCAACAGGACUGCAACAAGCAGAGAGACAAGGAUUCAACCACAGGCAGAAAGGGUCCUAGGACCCCCCUAUCCAUGGAUGGAAAACGUCGGGGUGGACAAUCUGGAAGACCCUCGGUGACAUCCACCAUAGGCAGCAAAGCCCAGGGGAAGGACAGGCUGACUGGCAGGGCCCGAAGGUAUGACAUGAAAGAAGACGAGGAGCUGCAGAGCCAGGAGGGAAGCCAGAGCACCACGAAGACUUCCAAUGCAGAGAACGAGUGUGUACAGAAGCAGAGUGAAAUGGAACCAGGCAGACAGGAGACCAUGCCUGCAACCAGUCCAGCUCUGGCCUCCCCAGAGGGGCUAAAAGGGGAGUCAGGAACCUCGACAGCCAGUGUGGCCCGAGGCUCCCCACAAAAUUCUGACUUGGCUCCCCUUGACCUCUCUCUAGGAGGAGCUAGCAGCCCCAAGCCUGAAAAAAGCGCCCGUGGACUCAGUCCAAAGUGUGGGGCUCCGCAAAGUCCAGUACCAUGGCCAGAUGGCUCUAAGCAGCAGACCCUAGCAUGGAAUGACCACCAGCCUGGGUCGGAAGGCCACACUUGUGCUGAGUCACAGAGAGAAGCAGAGGCCUCAAAGCCCAAAGAGGUCAGGGCUGGUAAAGGUGGGGCCCAGCAGAGUCUGGCACCGAGAAGCAGGCCACCCAGAGGAAUUGGCCAAAGGGCAAGAGGCACAAGCGGAAGAACCAGGGCAGGAGGUCCUGGACUUGCAGGAAGAUGGUGAGCAAAGCUCAUGAGAGUUGGGGAGCCAGGCUAUGGAGGGGAGAACUCAGUCAAGAGUCUUCUGUGUGGCAGGA